AUGGCGUUUGAAACCGUGACCAAAUUGGAACCAGUAGAUGCUUCCGUUAUUGAAGCCGGCAAGAAAUUAGCGACAGGUAUUUUCUUGACCAAGGAUAUUGUCAACGCCCCGCACAACGUCUUGAACUCGCUUUCGCUUGCCGAGACAGCUAAGCGCAUUGCCGAGCAGAACGGUGGACGGAUCAUUUGUGAAAUCCUCGACAAAGAGGCCUGUGACGCCCGCUGUAUGGGUGGCUUCCUUGGAGUAGCGCGCGGCAGCGAAACGCCUCCUCAGUUCAUCCAUUUAACCUACACUCCACCCUCGGGAAAAAUUUCCAAGAAGGUCGGAGUCAUUGGGAAAGGCCUCCUCUUCGACACGGGCGGCUACAAUAUUAAGACCGCCAUGAUGGAACUCAUGAAGUCUGCACUGAAACACCGCGUUGGUCGAUUUUCCAAGGUCCUGUACUUUUUACUGAGCACAUGA